AUGGCCCGCGUGAGACGCAAGUGGACGGCAGAGGAGGAUGCUCUCCUCCGAUCAGCUGUCAAGACCGCUCAGGCGGAAUCGCGCCCGCUACUGUGGCGGAAGUUGGCAAAGUGUGUACCUGCACGGACGAACAAAGACUGUCGCAGAAGAUGGUGGAACAGUCUCGCAAAUGGCACGGCCAAGGGCUCAUGGUCCGAGGAAGAGGACGAACGGCUCAUUGCAGCUGUUCGCAGGCACGGGACGAAUUGGAUAAGGGUCUCAUGCGAGGUUGGGUCAAGAAGCCCCGACCAAUGCUCCAGCCACUGGAGCCAGGUGCUGGACCCGAACAUCAAUUAUUGUGAUUGGACUGCAGAAGAGGACGCGAACCUGCUACAUGCAGUUCUCACCUACGGCACCAACUGGGCAACUAUCGCAUUUUCGCAUCGUCCCAGCAGGACCACGCUUGCUCUCAGGAAUCGUUACUCGACCCUGCGGCUACAAAACAACAACGACAAGAACAAGGCAAAUGCAGAUACCACUGAGAAGGCACACAAGGAUCUCCCGGCUAUCUCUGAGACUGCCAUGGCGACCUCUACGAAGGAAGUGGACUGGAACAUGGAAGCCCCAAGAUGCUCCAGUUGGAUUGAAGGUGACAGGGUAGCUCAGUCAAGCGACGAAGAGGACGGAGACGAAGAUGACGGAGACGAGGAUGAAGACGAGGACAACGAGGACGGUGAGAACGAGGACGAGGGGCUCCAUCAAACUAGCCACAUUUCCCGCAUGGAAGUCAUGCCCAACUCCCAGGGAGCAAAUCAUGACACCGGGGCGAGGAGCAUUCAGAUCCCAGAUUCAAACCUUACAUCAUGGGACACGUGGGCCGCGCGUAGUAUCGUCUCUGCCAAUUCCAUGGAUGAUAAGGCGCAGCCCAUCUCCACGGACAACUCGGCGAUCGACAGGGCGAAUCACAUGCAAUACCAGACUCUAUUCGGGCUGAACAGCCCUUCUCAGUACCCGACACCAGGGGAAAGCUACUUCUACAGCGUUCCGGAACCAGGCGUAACGAACACGAGUUUGCCGAAAACCAUAUAUGACACCAGUCCCAUAGAUAUAAACCUCACCACUUCGCUGAGCACCUUUCACACCCCGUCCCAGCCCGCGACGGCCCCACCUACCCUCAGCAAUAUGACAGGAGCAGAAGCAAGUCCUGCUCAGGCUUCUUCAGCGGACAUGGCUGCCAGCAAGAGCACAAGUAUAAGCGCGGGCACGAGCCCCAGUACGAGUCCCUCGACUCAGAGCUUAGACUUUCAAUCGACAAUUAUGUAUCAGGUAUCUAUCAGCAUGGCGUGCACACGCGCACAGUUGGACGCCAACAUGGUCCUUCUAGUCGGCAUGGGGACAAGUGUGACGAUACAGAUUGAUAAAAAGUCAUAG